AUGGCUAGCCAUGAAACCUUUGUACCGUUACAGCAAGAACCUAAAUUCAGAGUCCGGCGACCGAGCCUCAGAUCGAGAAUAGACGAUGGAACACAUGAUCGGAAAAAAGAAGAUCUGCUGGCGCUGCCACCCGUUCGAGGUAAGCGGCUUUUUCGUGUUUAGUGUUUAUUUUUACGCUUGUAAAGCUGACCUGACUUCUUUGCGUAUUUACACCGGAUUCAACCUUUUGCUAUAAACUUAUAUUCUUUGUUAUAAAGCGCAUUUUUAAUGCGAAAGCCGCUUGAAAUAUUGUUUUCUUUGCGAGCUUUAAGCAUUCAUUUUGCGAUAAAAAACUUGAUAAAGCAUGUAACUGACUUGUAAUUUUCUUCAAUCGCCGAUAAGGCGAUAACAUAUAUUUCGUUCCAGGAAUCGCUAAAAUUGAAUUUUUUAUUUCUAUUUUUAACGGACAAGUUUAUAUAUAUAUAUAUUUUUUUUUUUCACGGCUGCAUUUCUUCCAUCAGUUACUAACUACUAGCAAGCAGUUACAUAAAUCAUUAACAUAUUCUCGAGUAAGAGUGUGUAAAAUAGUGUCUCGUUGUGCAUAUUAACUACGGUAGAGGAAAUUCGAAAAAUUAAAGUUAUCUCAUUAGGGAAGGUGAAAGGUACUCAAAUAAUUGCUGUCAUUGUUAAAAAAGAUGUUGGUAUUAUAAUUUGUUAUGAAGCAAAUGUACACCUCAUAGAUCUAUGCAUUUCCGAAUUUCCGUCAGAGAUAUUUUAACUUCUUAUUGCUCAAAUCUUUUGGCGUUCUUGGAUUUCCUGGAUUCCGUUUUGCUCAAAAUUUGACAGAAAAAGUUUACGAAUUUUCUGAAAAUCCAUUAUCGCAACUUGCGUGUUUGCUUUAAUAAUACGAAACCCAAAUUUGGAAGCAAUGGCAGAGCAGCUUUCAAAGGUAAUUUUGAAUCCCAAAUACAUUCUGUUGUUAUGUAAAAGAUGAAAGUACAUUUGCUUUGUUGAAUCAACUUCUAAAUGUACUUUUUCAGAAAUUCGACUCCCUCGUUUUGUACAAAUCUUUUUUGAAUUCAAAAGGCGCCCUGUUUAAUCAGCUUGUGAAAAUUUUGGUCGAUGCUGCACGGCUUCUCGCUGCAUGACAACUGUGCAGUGCUUUGACUUAUUUGUAUAUAUAUAAAUCGUUAGUUUUAUUUCGUUGCUUUGAUUUUUCAGAUUGUUAUUGAUUCCAUACCUUUCUACGGAUGUUUCUCAGUCGGGUAGAUUUGCUUGUUUUUGUUUCUGAGAUCAUUCUGUUGUAUUUUUAUGAAUAAUUUUUCGCCCACUCUAAAACAUAUAAUAAAAGGCCUCUGGAAGCAGAAGUAAAAUCAUUUAAGAAAUCGCGCUUUUCAUUUCGACUCACUUUUUCAUGACGUCAAUCCUUUACGCCCUAACAGGAACCCAUUAUGAUGAUAGGCUUCUGACCCUAGCAUCAGUAUGUAUAUUCUCCAUACUUUCUCUACACAUUUCUUAAGGUUCUGCACAGGAGAAUUUGUUCAACAAUUGAAAGCUUCUUUAGUCGUUGAUCAUUUCCCUUAUUCUCAUGACCUUACUGUUUUAUUCUGGGUAAUCUUGUAAGGAGAAAUUAGGUGCCAGUCACUCUUAGGGGUUAGAGGGCUAAAAAAGUCUCCUCAGGUGAGACUCUUUCAGUCCUUCGAUUAUAAUACCUAUUGUAUCCAUUUUGAAACUGACUGGCGAUCAGUACGAUCUGGUUGGCUCUCAGCGGUGUAAUUUAUUCACGAAUCACACAAUUUUUUUGCUCUAAAUCACAUGUUUUUGCGUUUUUUUUUAAAGAUAAAGCAUUGAUAGUUGGUUGUAACCCUCAAGGUAAAGUAGAUUUUGAUGAGUACAGGGUGGAGCCCGUCAAUGAUAACUUUGUUUUGAAGCGUAUAUUACAUUUCCGAAGCUCUAUUAUUUAGAAAAAAUAUUUUUGCACUUGCUCGAUUCGGAGGAAGAUCUGGAAUCGACUUACUUUUCGCGCUAAAUUUGGAAGCAGAGCAUCGACCGAUCAAAGAGGCUGCGCGGAUUCCGCCAUGAUACGUCAUCACACUAGAAUGUUACCCAGACUCCUCAGCUACGAGACAGAUUUUGAAGGUUUGAAGAGAAAUUCCAGCUUUUUAAAAGCUUUCAAUAUACUUUGUUUUUCAGCUCUUGCAACAACCAGCCAAGAAAAUCAGACAGACGGACUACAAACUCCAUUAAACAAAUGGCAAGUCCAUCGCUGUGCUACUCCCAACACCACCCCCUGUCAGGAGGAAUUAGUGAACGAGUGGUUACACAGGAAUCACAUCCAAGUAGUGGACAGGCUUCCUAAAAUGGACCCCGUAGUACUGGUAAGGUGAUGUAUUAUUAAGAAAAGCGUUGCAUCAUCUGUUUACUCAAAUCGUAGAGUUUUUCUGUCAGUUUAUGAUGUGACUGUCGGGAUUGGUUUCAACGAUGUAGCAAGGAGCGUAAGUGGAAGAUAAAGCCAUGGUCUGGGAAACGAAAUGAAUUUGAAAAAUGAAAAAUAGAAUGCAUGUCUAAACGCCGCUUUGCGAUAAUGUCGCGUUACGUUUCUAGAACACAUUUGCCACCCCGUACAUUACCUCAAAAGCAGGCUUCAGGGCGUGUAGGCAGAGGGUGCCUUGAAUUAGAGGAGAUGAGACUUAGCUCGUUCAAGCAACCUACUUAAUUCGAGUGUCUUUACUCAAGCUUAUCAACUUAUCGUUCUUUUACCGUUUUUCUUUUUUUUCUUUUUUCUUUUCCUUUUUGCAGACAAGUCGCGGCACAGACGUUUCAAAGUAUAUCAGUUUCAUUCACCCACCACCUUUCAGCCUAAAACUCCUCUCCGGAUCAACAGAGGAGCAAAAAUAUCGCGAAAAGAGGAACAAACUGGUAAGUCAUUAGGGUUGUGUUUAUUUUCGGGCGACAUUAAAUCGUGUGGUGGGAGAGACAAACAACAAAAGACUAAAGGAAAAUUAAAAAAACAACAACAACGUACGGUUGAAGAUGCAUAGUUUUAAAUUUUAACCAUAUGGGGUUGUGUUAUCUCGUAGGACAAUCAGCCUGAUGAAUAGCAGAUACGAGAGGGGGGUAUGGAUUCCCCCUCCCCCUCUAUUAGAUCUGUUGGUAUUUGGCCACUUCUCUUACAUCAAUAUUCUUGCAAAUCAAUCGCAUGUUACUACUCAAAAUGAAGUAUUUAAAAUGUAAUUGUCUUGAUUUUGGCCAGCGUGUUAACGAAUAAAGAGGGAAAAAGAUCUGUGUUUUGUGAGUCAAAGUUUGGACCCUCCUUUCGAAUAUUGUUGGAUCCACCCCAGCUGAUGUAUAUUAUUUCUCUAGGCCCAGGCUCCCUCAUCAACAUCUGGUUCGCCUUGUCCUCGCCUCCUCAGGAGUCAGAGAUCUGACAGGGUAAGUGUUAAAACCUGUAAAACAAGUUUGAUCUCCUGAGAAAGAAGUUGUAAAAAGAACCUACAUAACUUGUAAAUUAUUUUCCUCAGAAAAAUUCAUGAUUGUCAAAAGGGCUGCCAUGUUGUUAAAAUUAUUGAAGCUAAAUCUUUCCUCCCACGUUGUCUUUUUUUAUUUUAGGAAACGUUCGCUUUAAAUCCUGUCAUACGAGUCGGCGGAGGGUAUCGCAGGCUCAGCUGGAAGGUAAAGGGAUUUACGUCAUUACUAAGUGAAAUAUUUUUGCGCGUAAUUUUUCAUCGUCACAAAGUCACGUAGCUAACGAGAUAGUUUUCCUCCCUUCUCCACCACCCUUCCUCUGGAUAAUUUUUUUCCCUUUUCCCUUCUCCCACCCUCCCACUGAAUGGUUUUGUCUCCUUCCUCCUCCCCCUUCUUUCUCAAUUCCCACCCUCCAGUACUCAAAUUUCUAAUUCUCGUGGCCCACCUUCUAUUUUUUCAUUUUCAGUCCUUAAAAUUUGUUUCAAGAAGACCACAGUCCAUCUUGAUACCUUCUCUUACACUAACUUUAAAAAAAUUGAUUUUAAUGGAUUGUAGAGAGAAGUGCCCUGAAAGGGAAUAAAGCAGUCAAUUGUUUUCGUGAUACAGUAAAAAUCGAUUGAGUGCUGUAAAACGGCCAAUUAGAGAAUAGUUAGAUAUCGCAAGGAGCCUGAGCUAUCGAAGACGGGAAAAAGGUAAGUUAUAAUUAGUGUUUGUUAAGGGUGGAGGGUAACAGAGCAAAGGUAACGUAACCACAGACAAUUCUCAGUACUCAUCUGAAAAUUCAUGUAAAGCUGUUUGCGCGUGGUAGGUUUUGGAUGUUCUACCCUCUAUUGGACAGUAUGACCCAGAUGUAGAUCCAGUGUACAGUUGCGCCUCAUGUCACGCAAACUUGCAAGUGGUAGGGAAGGUCACGAAUUCUCGCGGACGAGUUCAUUCGAUCUUCACUACACCUAAACAAUGCCACAAAUGCGGGGCUCCCACAACAGACUCUCAAAUACACACGGAAAAAGACUUACAUGAAAGUGUUAUAGACACCCUACAUCGAGGAGAUUCAAGGUUUAUUGUGGAUCAUAGACGUUUUAAAAAAUCGGGCGUCGAGCAGCCUUCAUCAAGAGUUAACCCGGAAGAUUUGCAUUUCAACUCGCCGAUGGAUUGGAGAGAUGACCUGGAAUCUUUUCGCCUUCACAUGAGCAGGCAGAGUCAAACAGAAGACGACUUGGAAACUACAACCCAGCGUUAUGAGCGGAAUCGCUCGGAAUCAGGAAGCAGUAGUGUAUUUAUGACAGAGCCUGGGGCGAACAUUGAUAAUUUAAACGAACCCCCUGAUAUACGCCGUGCGUGGGAUGAUGGAGCUACACGAGCGGCGAUUUUGAGAGAUGAUGAGAAUGAUGAUGGAAAAUGGGAAAAAGAAAACGAAAACGGAGAGAGAAAUGGAAAAGAAAACAGGAGCUCAGCUACUGAUAAUGAUCUAGACGCUUAUAGCGAUUUUGAAAUGAUAGAAGAUUAUGAUCCGAAGUCAGGAUUUACAGUAAGACUUCGGAGAAAGCCAUUUGGUGGAGCUAGAAAGACAAGUUAUUUCAUUCGCGGGAUUCGAGACGAAGAGGGUUCGAGUGAAAGGUCUCUUGACAAGAGCGGAAAAUCACACGAACAUGGAAGGAAAAAAGCACACCACAACAAACAAGAAAUUCAAACUGACACUCAGAUCAACAAGAGUACACCAAAUAAAAGAAAUAAACAAGCCUUGGCCCAGAAGAAAAGAGGGAAAGGUUAUUCACAUAACUUGAACGAGAGUGAAAGACGACUGGAAAAUGAAACAAAUCAAACAGCCAAAUACGACGAGAAUCCUCUUUUGAGGAAAAACUCAUCUUCCGGCGAACAACGACGAGAUGAAACGAAUCAAAGAACCAGACACCUUAAGAAUCCUCUUUCAAGAACGGAUUCGUUCUUCGUCGUUGGCUUGGAUCAACGAGACAAAGUGUUCAGCACUACUCCUGUUGCUGAAGAGUUAUCGGAUGACGAAGAUGAUGAUGAUGACGUCAUUAUUUUCACCAAAACGAGGUUUAGUGAAGAUUCCCUGUCAGACCUUGAGUUCAAAGAGGACGACACCUGGAGCCCGGAUUCUCCGGGUUCUGGACUUUUCAGACCUAAAAUACCAUCCCCUGGUAAUUUUGGAAAUCAGGUAACUGAGCAUGUGUAGACGAACUUAGGUUAUUGAAACAUACAUUUUACGCAAGAGAAUAUAAUCUCCAGAAUUAUGUUACUUCGUGUUUUACCAGCGCUUUUUAACCUAACUUUUUCCAGGCAUUUAAUAAUAACGUAAGUGGAAGCAAUAGUUCGGUAGAGCGGACUCAAGAGGGCAAAAGGGCAAAACUGAACACUUCUGUCCGGAAAUGAUCAUAUGCGUCCGAAUUGGAACAAUACUGUCUUAACUCAAAUAAGCUUGAGUGUCCGAAUUCGGGGACUACCGCCCGAAAAUUGACACAGAUGUUCAAAAUUUGACGGUCUCGUCCGGAAAUGGACAUAAAUAUCAGAAAUCGGGUGGUACCGUCCGAAAUUUGACGCAAGUGUUCAAAAUUGGACGGUAGCGUCUGAGAAUCGACAAAAGUGUCCAAAAUUAAACACGUUUGUUUGCGGAACAUGCCUGACGGCAACUGCUCGAGGCACAUGUUAAAGCGUUACGAUUAAAGUUUGUUUAUUUGAGAUUUUGCUUAUUUAUUUUUAUUAGGAUGACAUGGAUCGCCCUUCGUCCUGGUCCGUUUCGCCCAUGCAGCAUGAUGGGUACCUUGCUGACAGUGAGGAGAACGUCGACCUGUCUUCACUGCAGGCUCAGAUUCAACAAGCGCGGAAUAACGCUAUGAAAACAGAACGGAGAAAACACGAGAGCCAAGAAACGAAGCGACGGGAGUCUAAAGAGAAUAGUGCAAAAGAUGAGCAUAUUGCAGGUGAGUAGUCAAAUUCUCCUUAUGCAAUAUGGAGCGUUUAUUGGAGUGGGUCUUGGGAGAAUUUGGUUUGUUGUCAGUAACCAUUUGUUCAUAGCGAUCUUUCUUUCUGGAUUCAUCGUUGCGAUCCGUUUUCCUGUAAGCCAAAGAAGUUGAUAGAAAUAUUUUAACUUUUAGUAAUUUAAGUACCGGGUUUUUGUUGAGUUUUCGACAUUUGUACUAAAGAUUAUCACAAAUUUUUCCCCCGAGUCGUUAAUGAGACAAUCCGAAACUAGCAGAAUCACAAAUAACUCAUUUGAAACUAACAGAGAGUGAUUCUGUCAGGAAUGCUCUUUAGUAACUCUUAACUCAUACCUGUUGUCAUAGCAACAGAGGAUUCUACUUCUCAAAGGCCUCUUGAGAACGACUUCUCCGACAGAGCCCCUUUAAAAAGUACUGAAUGGGACAGCGACUGGGACAGUGAUUUUAGUCUACAUGUCAAACCGCUUAGCGACUUAAGUGCGUCGAGUAGUGACGAGUCCCAGUGGGAGCCCAGGAACCAAACGAGACCAGCGAAUAAUGAAAGUAGAGUCCGAAAGAGAUCUGACAAAACCGUAACAAAUGCUGCGAGAAGAAAAGAGAGUAAGCCCGGCACUACAGAACAGCGUAAAGGCUCUGAGAUUGAAAGAACCUUAGAAGGCAGAACUCGGAGGAGUAUCGGUGGAGAGGACUAUCCUAAAGAAAGACGAGAUAAAAGGCCAACAGUUAAACCCAUUCCAAAAAUCGGUCAAGGUAUUUUUUUUAAAUAUACAAUUCUCCCUUCUUGCUCAAACAGAUCACCUUUCCUUCUUGUUAUGUCUGGAAAAGGCCAACGCCACUAACUUCCGAAAUAUUUCCAAAGCUCAGAGAGCGAAGUCAUGCCUGUAGCUGGGCAAAAAAAUUGCCAAAAAAAUUUUUUGUGCAGGGGUCUCAUAAACAAGAAAAGUUACUUAUAAACAGAGAAAAUUACCUUUCCUGAGUGGCUGCACAGGAAAUCUUAUAGGGUCUAUUUGGCGGAUAGAUACACAAAAAUAUUGAUAUGACUCAACGUUCAACCCGGAGGGCCCUCCCGUGAAAUCCUAAGGGAAAGCAUAAUGAAAGUUGGCGUAUGAAGGCCCGGACGGGCUAGGUUGGGCUGGUCCAGAUAAAGCCGUCUGGUCCUGCACUCGGACGGAUCUGUUGCAUUUCCGCGAACGUUGGUUCUAAUAGUGUGGAAUUAAACUUAAAUUGAGACAGAAUGAAAAGAGAAAGUGUGUUUUUCAAUGAUUUUGGAGUCUCAUGUUCAGAGGAAAGAGACAAAACCCGUUUACUGUACAAUCGUUUUCGUUUACGGCCUUUUGAUUUGUCCAAUGGUGUCCUUGUAAGGUUAAACAAUUACAUCAUUUAAUUUCCGUUCAACCUUACAACUCAGUCAAAAAGAACAUAAUAUUAUCCACCUAAUACAUCAGAAAUAAAAAAUCAAUUCCAAUUUUACAUUUUUUCUUCAAGAUUCAGACUCAGAUGAGGUUCAUUUCCGUCCCAGGCCCCGCGCUUUCCGGGGCGACGACGAAUUAAGCGAGAGCGACAUGAAUUUCUUCAAACAACAGUUCCAAGCCCCUAACUCAAGCAGGGACCAUAAUAAAGGCAUCAGCCAAGAAAGUCCUGUUGGCUGUAAAGGCAUUAAUUGCUAUCGCUGUUCGUCCUUCAUCCCUGAGUGCGAAGGCAUUUGUUCCAUGUGCGGUACUUUAUGUCAGCGGUCAGGGGGACCGUGCAAGGCUUGUCGGGAUAUCUGCGAGAGAUGCGGCAAGCCAAGGUACAAGUGUUCAUCAGCUGAUGAGAGACUAGAAACUAGUGACGAGGAGAGGGAAGGGAAAGAGGAGCACUUUGAUGCAGAAGGUAUGUCGAUCGUGGUUAGUUGUCUGUGGUAGAAAUUUCAUGAAAUCUUACACUAAGUAAAAAAAAAGUUCAUUCAAAAGCGUUUAAUAUUCACUUAAUUUUCCCUGAGUUAUUCCCUGCUAGCAAUCGAUGAGUGCUUCGUCUGGGAUCCUAACAUUCUGUAAAAGGACUUUCAGUAAAUUACACAAAGCAGCCAAAAUGUGCAUCUUUUAGCGCCCUGAAAUCAGGCUCUGUAAAGGAAGGUCCCUGAAUUAGCGGCAUUAAAACCUUACCCUGCCUUUUUCCUUUAUAACUAUAAGCUUCGAUGAUCAAAUAAUUUUCAGCUUCCAUGGAAAGUAAUCUGGCAUCACUCUUAAUGUUAAUAUAAACUAUAGGAAAUUCGUUUACGCUAAAUGAUAGCACUGUUUUUCUCCAGCUACUGAAACUGGACCGGGGAUACCAGCACAAAGAACAUCACCUUUCAGAGGUAACGAGAUGGCAAGUAGCUCUGACACAGGAUCGGUUGCCAGAUGAUAAACUAACUUGGAAGAGUCGAAUGUUAUGCAGUUUUGCUAUGGUUUUCAUUCACACACGUGCUGCAAUUGUCUAGAAGACUAGCGCCAUUCUUUCGAACCAGCCCACAAAACUGAUCUUACAACAAUCGCGACUUUAUCACUCGAGUUUAUCUGCGCUUGGAACCGGCUGCAUAAAUUAAGUUUAAGCUUCCAGUGGGUCACUAUAAAAUUUUCUUUUGCUUUGAUAGGACGUUGCAAUAACUUUGAUUGUGAUUUUAGUGCACACUCUUUUACUCCUUGGUUAUUUUGUUGUCAUUUUUUUUAACUUUAAGGUCACAUAAAUAGUCCCGCAUCGGCAUCAGCUGAAGAACUGAAUCGGGAGGAGAGUUUGAUAAUGAUUGACGAGGAGGUCAGUAACUCAGAUAAGGUAGCACAUGGAUUGCAAAUACGUUUUCUUUAUACUGAGUGUGAUUUUCCGAUAUAAAUGGUGAAUCUUUAAUAAGCGGACAUCCUCGAGACCUUUCCAAGUGUCCGCUUUAGAGAGGUUUAUAAAAAUUGCCCAGUCUUUGUUAAAGUUUAAUAUUCUACGGUUACUCCGUACUGUGAGAAGGUUCCAUGUUGCUAAAGAAUCUAUCCAGAGUUCAAGUUUAUUGCCUUUCAUUACCAACUUUGCUCUGUUGGUAAUAAAGCAGAAACAUAACAGCAAAACAGCAACGAUAAUACGCGCGGCACGUUGGAUUGAUUACAUUUAAUCGAGUCUUUCAAAGACGUAAACCUAUACACUACAUUUUCAGUCCAUUGUCCGCUUACUAGAGGUUUUUAACAAUAGAAGUAAGCCAAAUACGAUGUAUUUUAGUAUCUGCGUCCCCUUAAUAGAGGUGUCCGUUGAAUUGGGGUUCUUUACAGAGGGAAAUAUAAGGCGUAAAUUUCUGAACCCGGCUUCGUGUUCGCUUGAUAGAGGGUGUCCGCGUAAUUGGGAUUCCGCUUAACUCGGGUCCCCUUAAUAGAGGUUUCACUGUAUAAUUAAGUGCCACAGUAAUGUUUCGUUGAAAUUUUAGAAUCUCUCUCUCGGUGCCACUGUCCAAUCAGAAGGAUGGAUCCAGUUUCGUCGAACUAUCACAGAUACCUUUAAGUUCGCUUACGAUGGACCGUCAUAGCAUAAGAGGGCGGGGAAAUGAGGCAGGGGAGGGGGGGGGGUUGGGAUAGGUCUGGAAACUGGAACAAAUUUUGGCUGGGAUCCGAAACGCUGAUUUCGUUAUUUUUGUUUUAGAGUAUCAAAAAGAGCAAGGAGAGAAAAAUCAGGUGAGAAUUGUUUUUAUUGACUUAUAAAUUGAUUUUACGAGAUUUUACCCAAUCUAAAAAUAUGUUACACUUGAUUUUUCAUUUUUCAUUUUCUUGAUCUCGCAGAGCGCCUCCUGAAAGAAAAUCGAAAGAUCCCAACAGUGUUAAACGAGUGCGAAAGAAACGCUACAGGACCGUUGAUGACGAGGAUAAUGAGAUGCCGGAGGAAAAAGAGGUCAUUGAGGAAGAGGAAAAUGUAAGUGUCCGCUGGUUUCCUAAGCUAAAAACGAAAUUUUACUGUAAAAUUUAGCCCUAACCAAACUUUAUAGUAAAUGGUUUUACAAGUUUGUAUUGUAACUUAUCCUCAUCAAAGUGACCAAUGGAAGUAAGGUGCUAUGGCGUGAAAGUAACUACGCUAAAGCUCAGUCUCCUCUCGUUUUACAUUUUAGGGCGACGAUCGUCCACAAUCUGCUGAGCCCACUCAAGUGAGUUCGGAUGAAGUUAUUCCUGCCAAGCCUCAACCCUCUGCAUUCGCCGCCAAAGGCACUAAGAAAGCUAGGCCAUCUAAAAAAAUUAUCUCACAGACUGUCGUUUAUAAGGAAAAGGAGAAGACAUCAAUGUCCAUACAGGGAUAUUCUCCUGAACGCGAAGAGAUUAACGAAGACGAUUCUGUGGUUUCAAGCUCCACACCCCUCAUUGAAACCGUUGAGCCUGGUGAAGACUUGUCAAUAGAAAAUAAUGGCGAGGGAACUGGAGAAGAGAUGCAAAUGAAAGAGGAAACUGUUGAGGGGGAUGGCACUAACGAUGACGUAGCUGAGUAUGGGAAAGACGUUGGUUCGAAGGAUGAAGAAGGGCCGCGUGCAAAUAAUGAGGAACUUGAAGAGGAAAAAGAGAAAGAGGAGGAAAAGGAGGAAGAAAAGCAGAUAGAAAAAGAAACGAGAACUGCUCCUCCAAAGAGUAAGUUAAAUUUAUGUGAAGACAGUUAGAAGGCAGAUCUAUCGAUAAAUUAGUCAGUCUGUUCGUAAGUCAGUGACUGUCAGCGAGUAAACCAGUCAUUCAGUCUGCAAGUCAGUUGAUGAGUUAGGCAGUCAGUCAAGGAGUCAGUCGCCCAGCGAGCCUCUCAGUCAGUCAGGGAUUCAGUAAGCCAGGCAUUUAAUUAUUCAAGCAGUCACUUAUCUCUGUUUCUUGUUGUUAUUUUUCAUCUUCAAUUCUGAAGACUCGUUUUAUAUACUCUUAUACCUUUUUUAGUUCGAGGCGUAUCACGUGUAAAUGCAGCAUUCAAAGAACGAGCGGAGUUGGGUAAAAGACUGCAGAAAGUGUUAAAGUAAGUCAUAUACCUCUUAUUUGCUUAUGAGAUCUGACUGUUAAUCUCCCUGAUGCCUUUAGUACACAAUCAGGCAUUUUUUAAAUUUAUUUGAUUCACAUAACUUUUACCUAAGGCUUUUCCCUCAACGCCCCCUCCUAAUUUUCAAGGGAAAAUCCAUUGAAAAGAAGUUUUAUAGAUUUUGCGAUGCAUUACGUCUGGAAAUAAGGACGAUACAUUACUCAUAAUUUAAAGCUUAACUGAGUACGGUUUCAAAUAGUGAACAUAUGAUGUCUCACUGUUAAUCGAUUGCACUUUUUCUUUUCAUUCGAAAAAUAUUUGUUUUCAUCAGGGAAGCUGUCAGUGAAGUCAUGGGACAAGCCGAUAUAAAAACAAGAAAAGGUAUGCAUGUGUUACUUUUACCACGCCCACCUUUAUUGAGGGAAAGAGACGAAAACUUUGGUCCCGACUGAAAAAAACGCUCCUAUAACCUCUGUAUCUGUUUUCCCUUCACUGAUCUUUUCGAUGGACACUUCCUGUUCCCGGAGAAGGUUCCUUUCAACUUAACUUGGAUUGAGUUAUCAUCAAAAAUCAAACCAUUCUUUACCUGUCAGUUCAUGUGAUAUGUAGCUUUCAUUUUUCAGACUCAACAAUUGAUUAUAUCGCGCAGUAUCGACUUGUCGACCGAAGUCGCCUGGAAAUGUAUGGCCGCGCGUUCACACUGGAAGACGAGGACGAGGAUGGAAUUAUAUCUUACGAGGUACUGAAAAGUUUUUACGUACACACGGCAAGAAAAAGGGGCGAAAGUGACAUUGCUUAAGCUGAUUUCAUGGAAAGGACUUUAAUUAGUUUUAACUUUUUGAUCAUGUCUUGUGGUCGUUCAAAACAUGGAACUGCUGAAAACCCGAUAACAGUAAAAACGAAAAUUGCACUUAAAAUCGUUUAUUUGCAACAUUUAUUUUCGAAGAGUUAAACCAAUGACCUUUCGUUGUUUCAGCAAAUGAUGCUUGCCCUAGAGGGGGUGUCGAGUAUUGCAGGGAUGUCCAGAAAGCAGCUUUUGUUCGUGUUACAGGUAAGACUUACCAUCAGCAAGAAAAAACAUCCCAUGUUCAUUUUCCUUCUUUUUUAUUUUCAAUCUUAAAAAGAAUCAGAGCAGAAUGUUUGUAAUCCUUCAUUUCUUUAUCAUAAAAAAACCUUAAGGAAAAUUCAGUAAUGUUAAAAAUUUACAAUAAAUUAUUUUUCAUUUCAUAAUAAACUUUAUCAUGUGAACGUUCAGGUUGAGAUUAACCAAAAUUUUAAAAGCAUACUGAGAACCUACUCAGGCUAAGAGUCAGUUGAGAACGUCUUUAUCUUGCUCAUUUUUUUUUGUGAGGAGUAUAACCGCGAGAGAAUCAACAGUUUAUAUUUUCUUGGUAUCAAGUGCAAAGGAAAUGUAAAAUUGUGGUCUAACAGGAAAAUAGACUCAAGUACUUAGGAAAAUUUUCUAACACCGACAAUGCGAUUUUCUUAUUGCACGAUGUAGUGAAGGAUUGAAAUGUCAAGAACGUUUUCAGGCUCAAAUCGCCAAGGAAAAAAACAAGGAACGUUCAGCCUCAGCCCUAAAAUUAGGCAUUGAUAUAAAAAAAAGAAACUGUUUGACUGAAUUGUAGAGAAAUUUAUCAUGCAUGUCAUAGAUUCGAUCGUAUAAAUAUCUGAUGUUUACAAAAGGAUUAUAAAUAUAAAACUGGAUAAUCUGGGGCUGAACGAGUUACGAUGAACAUCUACUACAGUUUGACUCUUUGUCAAAGCACCAUUAUAAAGGAAACAUGUCGUGUUCCUGUGUUAUUCAAAAAUGCCCCUGAUAUUCACACGAGAGCUUUCAUAAAUAUCUUCUCUAUGAAUUAUUUAUAUAUACUCUUUUUUAAUAAAGAUCGGAAAUUUGUUUUCGCAGCAGGAAUGGCGCUGAAAUGUUCGUGAUAUCUGAAUAUAUUUUAACAUAUCGUUACAUUAAUUUCGAUUUUGUUUGGGAAUAAAAACUUUCGAAAAUUUCGGACACAUUUUCUGCGUAUGGUGUCGAGUUUCAAACUGUUUUCUGGGUUAAAGGGUUAAUGGGCUAGAAUUUUAGGUGGAAAUUACCUCCAAAGUGUAUAUUACACGAGGAUCGUUCAAAUCAUUCGGAAUAUCAAACAUAUGAAUUCAUCCUUUGUGGGCCAUGGAUCCAAGUUUAUGCUUGACGUCGACAAAUUUCCUGGCGCUGUUGAUGCUCUCUGCUUCUUAGACUCAUUCGUUGAUUCUUUGAUCGAGCGGUGGAGGUUCUCUAUUUUUGUUUCUUGCAAAGAUGAAACAGUAUUUCUCGUUUUCGACGGCACUGCGCUUGAAGCACGCUCCUGAUUCAGCUUAGCGAAUUCUUUCUGGCUUUCUAGUAAAGAUAUCUUUCUGUGUAUUCGUUUCAGAAUAACUGACGGUUUCCUCUUGCCGAAAAAUCGAUCUUCCACUUUCAAGCAACCAUUUUUCUUGUCGAGGUCUAUGCUUUCCAUCAAGCAGAUUUGAUGCGUCAAUUCCUUCUCGUCAGUCGAAGUUUGCAAUUGUUGGCUUUCCAGCUUUAAAUUAUCCGGUUAAAAGCUUUCGUUUUUUUCCUGUGAAUAUAAUUUGCCACUUUUUUCUUCUUCUCUGGUUGAUCAGCUCAUUUCUUUAAAUUCGAAUCUUUUGUGUUUUUCUGCUUGAUGUACGGUACAGUAAACACUGUUUCCUCCUCGAAAACAAUCGCACAAAACUACGCGUUAUUGUUGUGCUCGGUGAAAUAUCAAUUAAGGCUUUGGCAAAGUGCAUUGAUCCUUUACAACACGUCCGAACAAAGGGGUUAAUUGAAGGUGACCAUCUCGUAGCAUGGAAGAACAAUAACAAAAAUCAGCUAACCACGGUAAAAUCUAUCGCGAGAGAAGUCUAAAUGGUCCCAGGAACAAUUUAGCAGCAAUCUAUAAAUUAUUCAGCUCACUUCAUGCGGAGAAAAUUUGUUUUCUUAUAAAUCGCUGUUCCCUGUCGCUUCUGUGAGGUGAAUUCAAAGUUCGCCGCGAUCGUUUUGUGAAAUAAAGGUAACCAUGGCAUUUUUAAUUGCUUAAGCUCUCUUCAAUGAUAUGUUUUAGCAGCUUUCACAACAGGUGAUGAAAAAAUUUACAUUUGCCAACAAGUAGGACGAAACACGGUGACAGUCCAUUUACACAAAAAACAAAGUGACAGAGAGGUGGUAAUUGAUUUCGUUCUGUGAAUAUUUUUUUUUUGGUCAAAGCACGAUGGCCGAAUAUAUCGAAGAAGAUGGAAGACAGCGCAGCAGAUCUGAAAUGAAUGCAAUAUUCUCUCCAGAUAUUCAGUUCGCAAAUUUCUUUUUCAUGUGUCUUUCCGAAAAUGGAUCUCAUUUUAUUAAGUUAUGGCUACCAUGAACAAAAUUCGGGAUUGUCAAAAUAAUUUCCAGUUGUGUUUACAUGAUUUUCCUUUUUUUUUCCCUUUGCCCUACAUUAGGUGCACUCCAGUGGACUAUACUAUAUAGAUUCUCCAUGUUUACAGAAGCAAAUUAUCCACUGAAUUGCGUGUGUGCGAUUAUUUGACUGCUGUGUUCCGCUGUGUUGACGCCGCUUAAUCCCUCAGCCUCGUUCCCAGGGGUUACUCAGUCAGUUUUGAAAAUGGCAGCUGGUCAAGUAACCUGUGAUUUUGUGCUUUAAUUAUUUCAGGUGCUGGAACUCUUCCCAGGCUCGAGGAUAACUUUCAAGAUGUUUUCAGUGGCUACUGCACUGUGCGAAAAAGUAACCAUUCUGGAGUAAGCAUAUUUCACGUCCUACUGAGAACAUGUUUGCAGUAGUCCUUUAGUCAUUAAAUCCAGCAUGAAAAAAAACCAUCUUCAUUGAAUUUCUACUAUCAGAAACCCGUUAUAUAAAUAGCCUCAAAAAGUAGAAGCUAGAUCAAUGUUUUUUGCGCCUUCUUUGUUUUUUUUUUAUAUUACGGGUGCAGUUUCUAGGUUAUACCCCCAACCCCUCCCUUCUCCCUGAAAAAAAAAAACAAAAAAAAACUAAAAAAAAAAAAAAAAAAAGCAAUUAGAUCUUCCCAUAGCCAAUAAAGUACAUUUGAUUUGUCCACGUGAUGUAGGGACGUGGCCUGGACGUCAUGUAAAGUAAAAAUUUGAGCUUGCAAAGUGUUACACACAACUAUAAUUACUAUUUAUUUUUUCAUUAAUUUUUCAUUAACUUCAUCAAGUGCGUUUGUCAAGCAGCUGGUCGAAGAACUAGACCUGUUUGAAUUGGAGUGUAAAUUGGACAUGUUCAGGGUGAGAGAGCGUUGUAACUUGUUUGUUGUUGUGCUAUUUGUUUUUCUGUUCGUCUACUUUAUUAAUAAAAGCGAUCGCCAUGGUUGGCCUAACCUCAGGAUCGCCGAGCGGGACAGCAUAUUAGCUUUCGAUACUUUGCCCGCUGUUAGUAGAGAGUUACAGCACACAAAAAGGAACGAUUUUUUUGUAACUUACGCCCUUUGAAAUUUGUAGUGUCCAGUUCAGUUUCCAAGUUUUUUGCUUUCUGUUUUUAGAGCAUGUUUUUUGUCACCGGUGAUUUCUCUGUAACUUACAUCACCGCUGACCAGCUAAGAAUUGAACUGAAGGCCGGUGGGCUCAACCAGAAUCAGGAGGAUCACGUGAUAAGGCAUAUACUUCAGUCCAGCGAUACUGGAGAGGUGAGAAUCUGUCAAUCAUUCUCGCGCACGCGAGACUUUAGCAAAUAGAGGUUGGACUCCCGAGAUGGCUUAUCUAAAGGGGUUCGAGCUCUACACGGGUGACUGAGUCGUAUUCGCGGGGAAGACACUUUACUCUCAGCAUGUCAUCCUCCAUCCGACAUGGUAAAUAGAAAGCAGAAAACUAUUGCAAAAACUUCACUAGCUGUUCCAAAGUGAAGGGGUGGGGGAGGGGGGGAAAGAUGAGUGAAAUCACGUUCAGGGGGAGAUGCAAUACUCGUGUGUGCUUCAUGCUUUGGAAACUAGAAUAAGCUAUAGCGCUGACGGCAGAAAUCUCUUUUUUUAUUUUUAAAAUUGUUCGGAUUUUCUCCUGAGAUUUAAAUAACAACGUCUGGUUUUGCGCAGCCAUUUUGCCCUACGUACAUUGCUGACGCAUUUUUUAUCUCACCCGUUUGGUUAUUUUUAUGAACAACGACAGCAUUCACAUUCUUGCAAGCACUCCAUUUUCAAAGUGUUGUGAUGUCAAAUUUAUUAUAGUUAUUAAAGAGCUUUUAGUUUAGAAGAGGACUUUUGGAUCGAUUACGUUAUUUCGUGACAUCCUAUAAUCCUUGAGCAAAGUGAAUUCGUUAUCUUCAUUCUUACGUGUACUUUCGUUUCUUCCAGAUUUCGUUUCUAGAUUAUAUGGCGUAUCUACCUCUAUUUCUGUCCAUCCACCAAAAUAUCUGUGAAAACGCCCUUGAUAUGUCACGCAACAAGUAUCAACGUAACAGUACAACAUGA